GAGGGCAACAGCGGAGGAGAGCUGCUCAUCGCCAAGGCGCACUUGACGACCACAACAUUCGAUGUGAUGAGGGAGACCCUUAAGGCUCAAGGACGACAGGACUUAUUCAGAGGGUUCACGGCCAUGACUAUCCACCUCAGCGGAGGCAAUGUCGUUCUAUUCUCCCUCUACCUACUCCCCAAGGAGGGCAUGCAGGGUAGCAACUUUGAAAAGAUCAAGGCGCUCUCGACGGUCAUAGGGAGCAUCACGGACCCUUGGAUUAUCAUGGCAGAUUGGAAUAUGGCCCCAUCCCUGGUCGAGAAGUCGGGUCUCCCCACGCGCCUGGGAGGCAAGGUGAUCGUUCCGAAGAUUCAGAUCACCUGUGACAAGGGCAAGGGCAGUCUCAUAGAUUUCGCCAUG